AUGGCACAACCCCAACCACAAGAUCACGACUCCGUCUGGUGGCCCGAAGACCGUAUUAAAGCCACUCUCAACACUAAAUAUGUCGUGAGUCGCCUCCGACCCGAAAACGUCCCGCGACUAUUCGACCUUCCACGCUGGGGCGAGGGUUUAACCAGCGAGACGUACAUGGAAUGGAUUCUGCUCAAAGCUGGCCGUCUCUUUUUAAUCCUCGAUACCAUCGGAAUUCCCGACCGUAUCUUUGCACUCGUCGACGAGUCGUGUGAUGACGAUGAUCUCCCGAUCGCCGAACAGAACGUGGAUCGACUGGGUCUCUCGCCGGUGGGGAACGAUCUCGCCCUCGAUACCAAGUUCUUCCAUACUCAAUGGCGGUAUCUAGUACGCGGCAUUGGAGAAGGAGAACACGUCACCUAUACGCAGAACGAAGGCGUGCCCGUGGAAGUUGUUCGCACUGCUACCAACAGUGGCGUGCAAGGCCGUGACGACACCGCCGAUAAGGUCGUUCUCGCCGGCGUAGUAUGUCGCGCCUACUUGCGAACGCAGAUCCAAGUGGGCGGUGCACCCCAUUUCUUUUCCGCGGCAGAGGUGCUCGAGGAAGUUCGAGGUCUGCGCAAGUUAGCGCAUCAACAUGUCAUCUCGAUCCAUGCCUCGUAUUUCGUCGACGACACGGUCUGUGCCCUGUUCACCGGCGCCGAUACCGACCGCACUCUACACAGCUUCUUGACGGAUGAACCGCCGGCAUUCAAGCGACAGUCCAAGGAAUUCCGUCGGCAGACCUUGAUCACCUGGCCGCAUUGUCUCGCAUCGGCCGUGGCAUGGCUUCAUGCCCGUGGCUAUGCGCACGCCGCUAUCCGGCCAUCCAACAUCCUCGUCGACCCCAAUUACCACAUCUAUCUGGGCCAAUUCCAAGCGCUGGACUCGCUCCUAGCACCACCCCGAGUCAAUGACCUAGAGUCAUACCAAUACUCCGCGCCAGAGCGCUGGGUCCGCACAGCAGCACCAACCAUCCAACCCACAGUCCCUAACAAAACCCUCCUCCCAUCCGGCGGUCGAACAGGACGACGCAAGAAGCCACCCCGACUAGCCCUAUCAACUCUGAAAGAAAGCCCCCCCUCAUCCCCAGACUUCCCACGCCCAGACUCGGCGGCAUCAAAGGGAACCGUUAUCCGCAUCGGCCUACCAGGCUCACCAUCCCGCUUCUCCUUCGCCUUCUCCUCUUCAUCCUCCUCAUCCUCCGCAGCAUCAACCUCAGGAUACACAGACAGCUCCCGAGGCACAACACUCAAACACCACCGCAGCGCAAUCUGGAGCAGACCAAGAGCCCUCCUCUCAACACCAUCAAUAACAUCUUCCAACUCCUCUUCCUCAUCGGCAUCAACAACCUCCCUAGUAACACCACCCCCAACCCGCCCAACAACAAUAACAUCCACAAACAUCCCCGCUUCAAACCCUGCCCAACCCUCCCUCCACACAUGGCACUCAACCCAAACAAACCCCACAGCUGCAGACCUCUUCUCCCUCGCAGCAGUAAUCCUCGACAUCCUCACGCACCUAUGCAAGCGAUCCCUCUCCUCCUUCUCAUCGCACCGUUCCGCGCGGAACCGCUCCGCCGGUCGUGGCGGCGGUAUGGCCGAUGCAUCGUUCCACCUUGACCGAAACGCAGUCCAGGUACAAUCCUGGAUUGCCCUGUUAGAAGGUGAUGCAUUGAAACGAUGCCGGCGAGACAGGGGUAGUGAUCGGGCGUAUCACGCCGUGCCAAGGAUGCUGAUCGUGUUGAGGGCGAUGUUGGCUGUCGAGCCGGAGAAGAGACCCCCCGCGAAACGAGUGAAGAAGAGCUUUGCUUCAGCCAUUCGGGAAGUCCCUGUUAAGGGUGGGGAGGGGGUAGUGUUGCAUUGUUUAGAGGCUGAUAAGGAGGAGAGAAGGAGGCGGAAGGUGGAAGCAGAGAUAGCUGCUCAGAAGGAGAGAAAGAUGAAGGAGGAGCCAGUGAAGAAAGAGAACAGGGCAAAGGAGGUGGAUGUGGCAAAGGAAGAGGCUUUCCUGGACUCCUCGUCCGUGUCCGAUUUCGACUUCGGAUUCACUGAUGCGGGCAGUGAUAGCGAGACUAAUGAGGACCAGGAGGAUAUGGAUGUGAUUGAUCGGUCAAUUUUGGAGGAAGACGACGUCCCUAUCCAGGUCAAGCGAGUAUCUCCGAAGUUAUCACUGCCUAACCUCGAUGUGCAAAUCCGCGGGAUAGAAGGAUUGACCUUUCGCUGA